AUGCCCCGCCGAAAAGCACUUAUUAUCGGGAUCAACUAUUAUGGCUCSGAACACGCAUUGAAAGGUUGCAUCAAUGAUGCGUACAACGUGCGCCAGUUUCUGGUCGAAGAACGCGGGUUUUCAUCUGACCAGCGUGACAUGGUCAUGCUGACAGACGAGCCCAAACAUGAAGGAACUCCAUUCUAUCCCACCGGUCAAAAUCUGAUUUCUGCUUUCAAAUGGCUGGUAUCAUACAACAACCCAGGAGAUUCCGUGUGGUUGUCGUACUCAGGUCAUGGUGGUCAGGUAGCAGACGAGUAUGGAGACAGAGAGUCCGGAUUCAAUGAUACUAUCUGUCCCGUCGACUUUGAGAGAAACGGGCAAAUCACCAGCAGUACACUGCAUCAACUCAUCAUCUCUCCAAUGAACCCGUAUGCACGGCUGACAAUUCUCUUUGAUUGUUGCCACUCCGGCUCUGCCGUUGAGCUUCCAUACACAUAUCGUCCGGAUGCAGAUGGUAACAUCAAUAUGGUCAAUAAUCUCAAAGAGGGCGUAAAUCUUGCUAUGCAGGCGUCCAAUUUACUUCAAGGAGGUUUUAGCAUGGACAGACUCGACGAUGCGCGUUCCUUUGUAGCCGAAGCCUCGACAUUCUUUCAUAGCUUGCAUCAUCAGCCACAGGCAGACGAGCAGGGUCUUGUUGAUGAAGGGUUUCAUGAAGGUUGGCGCACUGAGGCUAAAGAUGCUUGGAUGUUCAGCGGUUGCGCGGACGAUCAGACUUCUGCAGAUACAAGUAUACGAGGACGUGCAACUGGCGCCAUGUCUUGGGCUUUCAUGAAUGUGAUGAGAGAAAAUCCACAACAAUCCUAUCUCGAUGUUUUAGCAAACACAAGAUAUCUCAUUCAACAACACUAUUCUCAAAUCCCGCAACUAUCUGUUGGUGGCGAAUACGACUUGAAUCAGCCGGUCUCGUUCUGA